CUUCUGUGCAAACGGCAGUCACUUGAACCGAAGAAGAUGGCGGACGAAUUGGCACAAAAGCUGGCGCGCCGGAACAUGCUCAAUGAUGGCGCCGAGGCUCCUAAAAUGAGCCAGCGGUUCAACCCAGCCACAGAGUUUCCCGAGUUCAGCUUCAAGGAGAUUCGGGAGAAGGAGAAGAUGUUCCGAAAGUUUGAUGCUGACAAGAGCGGUGCCAUUGAUCUGAUGGAGCUCAAGCUGAUGAUGGAGGCAUUGGGUGCGCCUCAGACGCAUGUGUCCCUCAAGAACAUGAUUAGCGAAAUUGACGAGGAUAACGACGGUGAGAUCUCGCUUCGCGAGUUUUUCCUGAUUUUCCGCAAGGCUGCAGCGGGUGAGCUCCAGGCGGAAGGCCUGACUGCCAUCGCGGAUAGCAUUGACGUCGGCGAGGCGGGCGUGGGCGGUGCCAAAGCCUUUUUUGAAGCACAUGCACAACGCUCAGCCAACGCUAACAAGUUUGAGGAUGAAAUCAAGGCAGAGCAGGAGCAGCGUCGUCAAGAGGCUGAGGAGGCGCGCAAGCGCAAGGAGGCGUUCAAGGCCAAGAUGGCCCAUCUGAGCUAAAGGAGCGUGUCAUCAAAGCCCUGUCUGCGGGCAGGACAGGCCAGCCACC